CCUCGCUCCACGGUACAUACCGGAACGAUGCCGAGGGACCUCGCAACACAGCGGUAUUCAGUCUCACCGAGGGUCCGAUGGGAUGUCGUCAGUGGCAAAUAUAAGCCGGUUUCGACGUCCACCAUGACCUCUAGUGUGGGCCUUGAAAGGAGCCGUAGUCUAGCUGUACAAGCUCGCGGGUCCUCAACCCUCCUCGCCCCUAACCACUCGCUAUGUCGGACGUGGACCAAAGCCCUUGCAACAAGAUGGCCGCCAGUGGCGCUACGAGCGCCUCGGGCUCAAGCGAGGACGGUGACAACGCGGAAACGCUCGGGGACCACUGCCAUUACCAGACACAAGGGACACAGCCGCUUCAUGAGAUCUUGGAGGACGGUGCCUCAACAGAGCUCCAUCGGCUUGCAACGGCCCUCUCACGGCAUCGCUCGCGCGCCUCCGCCGGACCAGAUGCGUUAGAUGCUUCAGAUACCGCCCUAGACCCUGAAUCCGCAGACUUCGACGUGACGAAAUGGGUGCGGCACUUCGUGGCCCAAAUCAAUGAGCAGGGCCACAAGACCAGCGAGCUUGGCGUCCUUUUUCGGAACUUGGACGUCUUUGGAUCCGGGUCCGCGCUGCAGCUCCAGGAAACCACGGGCUCUGUCCUGCUUGCUCCUCUUCGGAUCGGAGAGCUGUUCGCACAGAAAAAGCAGCGGAAACACAUCCUCCACGGGUUCAAUGGCCUCCUAAGGAGCGGCGAGCUUCUGGCAGUGCUCGGGCGGCCAGGUUCGGGAUGCAGCACGUUCUUGAAGUCCAUAUGCGGAGAAUUGAACGGUUUGACCCUCGGCACGGGAUCUACGAUCCACUACAAUGGCGCGUCGCAGGCUCAGAUGAAGAAAGAGUUCAAGGGGGAGGUGAUCUACAACCAGGAGGUCGACAAGCAUUUUCCCCAUCUCACCGUCGGGCAGACACUCGAGUUCGCCGCCGCGAUGCGCACGCCCUCCCAGCGGAUCGGCGGCAUGUCGCGGUCGGAGUACUGCCACUACAUCGCGCGGGUGGUCAUGGCCGUCUUCGGGCUCUCGCACACGCGCCACACCAAAGUCGGCAGCGACUACGUGCGCGGCGUGUCGGGCGGCGAGCGCAAGCGCGUCAGCAUCGCCGAGAUGAUGGUCGCCGGCUCGCCGAUCUGCGCCUGGGACAACAGCACGCGCGGCCUCGACUCGGCCAGCGCCCUGAAGUUCGUCCAGGCCCUCCGGCUGUCGUCCGACCUCGGCCACCACGCCCACGCCGUCGCCAUGUACCAGGCCGGCCAGGCCAUCUACGACGUCUUCGACAAGGCCACCGUGCUGUACGAAGGCAGGCAGAUCUACUUCGGCCCCGCCCACGCCGCCAAGGCCUUCUUCGAGCGCCAGGGCUGGUACUGCCCGCCGCGGCAGACCACGGGCGACUUCCUCACGGCCGUGACCAACCCGGAGGAGCGGAUCCCCCGGCCGGGCAUGGAACACAAAGUGCCCCGCACGCCGGAGGACUUCGAGCGCUACUGGCUCGGCUCGCCCGAGUUCGCGGCGCUGCAGGAGGAGAUGGCGCGCUUCGACGCCGAGUUCGCGGACGACGACGGGCACGCCCGGGGCCUCGCGCAGCUGCGGGAGAAGAAGAACUACCGCCAGGCGAGGCACGUCCGGCCGGGCUCGCCGUACACGAUCAGCGUGCUCAUGCAGGUCAGGCAGAACACCAAGCGGGCGUACCAGCGCGUGUGGAACAACCUGUCGGCGACGGCGUCCAACGUGGGCGCCAACCUGAUCCUGGCCCUGAUCAUCGGCAGCAUCUUCUACGGCAACCCGGACGCGACGGCCGGCUUCGACGGCAAGGGCUCCGUGCUGUUCAUGGCCAUCCUGCUGAACGCGCUGACGGCCAUCUCCGAGAUCGAGAGCCUGUACAGCCAGAGGCCGAUCGUCGAGAAGCACGCCUCGUACGCCUUCUACCAUCCGGCCACAGAGGCGGCCGCGGGCAUCGUGGCUGACGUGCCGGUUAAGUUCGCCGCCGCGGUGGUGUUCAAUCUGAUCGUCUAUUUUCUGGCCGGGUUGCGCCGCGAGCCGGCCCAGUUCUUCCUGUACUUUCUGGUGUCGUACGUUGCGACGUUUGUGAUGAGUGCCAUCUUCCGGACGCUCGCGGCCAUCACCAAGACGAUAGCGCAGGCCAUGGCGCUGGCGGGUGUUCUCGUGCUGGCCUUGGUCAUGUACACGGGCUACAUCAUCCCCGUCCCGCAGAUGCACCCCUGGUUCAGCUGGAUCCGGUGGAUCAACCCGAUCUACUACUCCUUCGAGAUCCUCGUCGCCAACGAGUUCCACGGCCGCGAGUUUCCCUGCUCCGCUAUCGUGCCGCCGUACUCGCCCCCCGUCGGCGACUCCUGGAUCUGCGCCAGCCCCGGUGCCGUUGCCGGACGCGCCACCGUCAGCGGCGACGCGUACAUCGCAACCACCUACGGCUACACCUACUCGCACGUCUGGCGCAACUUCGGCGUCCUCAUCGCCUUCCUGGUCGGCUUCACAGCCGUCUACCUUGCCGCCGUCGAGCUCAACUCGUCCGUCACCAGCACGGCCGAGGCGCUGGUUUUCCCGCGGGGCUCUGUUCCCGCGCACUUGGAUCCCAAGCAGCGCAAGAGCAGCGGGGACGAAGAGAAGGCUGACGCUCCCGAGGUCGCUGCCGCCGCUGUUGACCGUGGCUCGCAGGAUCCCGGCAUUGGCGCCAUUGAGCCGCAGAGGGAUGUCUUCACCUGGAAGGACGUCGUGUAUGAGAUCGACGUCAAGGACGGCAAGCGGCGUCUGCUGGACCAUGUGUCUGGAUGGGUCAAGCCCGGCACGCUGACGGCCUUGAUGGGCGCUUCUGGAGCGGGUAAGACCACGCUGCUUGAUGUCCUCGCGCAGCGGACCAGUGUCGGUGUCGUUACGGGUGACAUGCUAGUUAAUGACAGUCCGGUUGGGCCUGAUUUUCAGCGUCAGACUGGCUAUGUGCAGCAGCAAGAUCUUCACCUCGACACGGCAACUGUGAGGGAGAGUCUCCGCUUUAGUGCCAUGCUCCGCCGCCCCAAGUCCGUCAGCAAAAAGGAAAAGUUCGAAUUCGUCGAGGAGGUUAUAAAGAUGCUGGGAAUGGAAGAAUACGCCGACGCGGUCGUCGGCGUCCCCGGCGAAGGUCUGAACGUCGAGCAGCGGAAGCUGCUGACCAUCGGCGUCGAGCUGGUCGCCAAGCCCAAGCUGCUCCUCUUCCUCGACGAGCCCACCAGCGGCCUCGACUCGCAGAGUGCCUGGGCCAUCUGCGUCUUCUUGCGCAAGCUGGCCGAUGCGGGCCAGGCGGUGCUCUGCACGAUCCACCAGCCCAACGCGCUCCUGUUUCAGCAAUUCGACCGCUUGCUGUUCCUUGCCCAGGGCGGCAAGACGGUCUACUUUGGGGACAUCGGCCCCAACUCGCAGUCUCUGCUCGGCUACUUCGCGAAGCACGGCUCUCGGACAUGCGGCGACGACGAGAAUCCUGCCGAGUUCAUGCUCGAGAUCGUCGCCGAGGGCGUCAACCGCGACGGCGAGGACUGGCACUCGGUGUGGAAGGGGAGUCAGGAGUACCAGGACGUCCUCGCGGAGAUCGAGGGGAUCCGCGAGCGAGGCCAGCGUCAGAAGCUCCUCGGAGGGGCUGAUGGUGUCGAUAACGCGGGCGACGCUGGCUCGGAGUUUGCGAUGCCUUUCUAUGCGCAAGUCUGGGCUGUCACGCAGCGCAUCUUUCAGCAGUACUGGCGCAUGCCCGGCUAUGUCCUGUCGAAGUUGGCGUUGGGCACCUUGUCCGGAUUGUUCGUUGGGUUCUCCUUCUUCCAGCCUGGGGUCACGCAGGCCGGCAUGCGGGGCGUCGCGUUUGCCGUCUUCAUGGUCACCACCAUUUUUACGACUCUAGUGCAGCAGAUCCAACCACUCUUCGUCACCCAACGGUCCCUCUACGAAGUCCGCGAGAGGCCCAGCAAGGUCUACUCCUGGAAGGCCUUCCUCAUCGCCAACAUCAUCGUCGAGAUGCCGUACCAGAUCCUGACGGGCAUCCUCGCCUUCGCCAGCUUCUACUACCCCGUCGUCGGCAUCCAGGAGUCGGCGCGACAGGGUCUGGUCCUGCUCUUCAUCAUCCAGCUCUUCAUGUACGCCAGCGCCUUCGCGCACAUGACGAUCGCGGCGCUGCCCGACGCCCAGGCCGCCGCGGGCGUGGUCAUCCUGCUCACCAUGAUGAGCACCAUCUUCAGCGGCGUGCUGCAGACGCGCGCCGCGCUGCCCGGGUUCUGGACCUUCAUGUACUACGUCUCGCCCUUCACCUACUGGAUCUCGGGCAUCGUCUCGACGGCGCUGCACGGGCGGGCCGUCGAGUGCUCGGCCGCGGAGACGCUCUCGUUCAACCCGCCGCCCAACAUGACCUGCGCCGAGUACCUCCAGCCGCUGGCGGGCGUGGCGCAGGGCACGCUGCAGAACCCGUGGGACCGCGAGGCGUGUCGGUACUGCAGCUUCAGCGUGGCCGACCAGUACCUGGCGGGUGUCGACAUCUUCUGGGCCGAUCGGUGGCGGAACUUUGGCAUCAUGUGGGCGUACAUCGUCUUUGACAUCGUCGUUGCUAUCGGCCUCUACUACGUCUUCCGCGUUCGGGGCGGCGGAUUCAUGGGUUUCCGGCGCAUUCGAGGGCUGUUAAAGAGGUUCCAGAAGGAGUAGUGGAAGAGGCACCCAAGGGCCAGAGCUUACCAUUCUAUUUUGCUAGACAGACGCCCAUUCUGGCUGUUGCUUAACAAUGUCCAAGUAGGUAAUCAGUUAUAGACAGGAAGGGUUUCAUAGAUCUGUGAGUAUUUUCCUUAGAAUAGACUAUAUUCUACUCCCUAGUAAUGCAUUAAACUAGCUACAGCUAUAUGUCACAUUUUCGAUGUACGCAUCUGUUGG